AUGACCACUGCAUUCCUUGUAUUCGUGGUUUUUGCUACGGUGGUUGACAAGCAAAGCCGUCAUGUGGAUCUCAAAGUCACUCUUCCAACACCCUUUGCGCCCUUGGCCAUCGGACUGACGUGCCUAGUUGGGGCCCUUGCAAGCGGUCCUUUCACUGGGGGAGCAAUGAAUCCCGCAAGAGUGCUCGGACCAGCCAUCUGGUUCUGGAACUUCCGUAACAUUUGGGUCUACCUCCUGGCAACCAUGAUUGGAGGAGUAUCUGGAGCGGUGAUCUUUGACAACCUCUUCUUGCAGCAUCAGCCCCCUGAGAGUGACGCUGCUGUGGUAUGA